AUGCGAGAGUUGAGAAUUCAGAAACUUUGUUUGAACAUUUGUGUAUUGGAGCAACUCACGGGUCAACUACCUGUUCUUUCAAAAGCCAGAUAUACUGUGCGAUCGUUUGGAAUUAGAAGAAAUGAGAAAAUUGCUGUGCAUUGCACUGUACGCGGCUCUAAAGCAGAGGAAAUUUUGGAAAAGGGACUGAAAGUCAAAGAAUUUGAGUUGCACAAGGAGAAUUUCUCAAACACUGGGAACUUUGGUUUUGGUAUCCAGGAGCACAUCGAUCUGGGUAUCAAGUAUGAUCCUGCUAUUGGAAUCUAUGGAAUGGACUUCUAUGUCGUCCUAGCUCGUGCUGGCAGCCGUGUAGCUAAGAGAAGACGUGCACCAGGACGUGUUGGACCAUCUCAUCGUGUGACACGUGACGAAGCUGUGAAGUGGUUCCAGCAAAAAUAUGAUGGUAUCAUUCUGCCGCCGAAGCCAAAGGUGAAACGCGCCAUCCACCGCCGACGUUAA